CUCUCCGUUUUAUUACUAAUUUUUUUCGAGGGUUCUUCACAUCACUCUCUCUGGUUCUUCAAUUGAUAGUUUUCCACUCAGUAGAAUGGAAGAGAUUAACCAGAAGGAGGAGGAGGAUCAUCCAAGGGCGGUAGAAGACAGCGACAAUGCCAAUGAAGACACACAGUAUGGUGUGGAAGAGACCGGAGAAGAAGAAGAAGACGCGUCAGAGAAUGAAGAAGAAGAAGAAGAAGAAGAAAACGAUACUGUGGAUGAAGAUGAUCAAUUUAUCUUCGGCGCCGGUGUAAAUCCUUUAGACUUCGUUCGUAACAAUGAUUCCGGUGUUAAUUUGUACCAGAAAUUUAAAGAUUACCAUCAGAAAUCCAUCGAAUACCGAGCUCUCGAUAACAGAAAGCGAAAAUUACCCCUGCAACCUCACCGUGAAGAGACUUCUUCUAAGAAGGCAGGGGAAGAUGAUAUUUUUGGGGUAAACCCAGCUGAGGUUGAGGAAUUUAUAAAUUUUGGAGAGGGCAAGAGACCAAGAAAGAAGAGGUCAAAAAAAAGAGGUAGGCAAAAAGGAUCAAAGAAGAAACUUGACGAAAAGAUAUCGCAGAUGUUGGGUGAUGCCCACGUUCACUAUGCAAAUGGCCGUCAUAAAAUGGCUAUAUCUGUAUUGCAUGAAGUUGUCAGGCUGGAGCCAAAUUUACCUGACUCGUAUCACACCCUUGGACUUGUCCAUGGUGCAAUUGGGGAUCACGAAAAUGAAAUGGGUUUUUACAUGAUUACUGCUCAUUUGACUCCAAAAGAUCCAACUCUUUGGAAGACGCUUUAUGUGUGGUCCAUAGGACAAGAUGAUAUUGGUCAAGCCAGUUAUUGUAUUUCGAAAGCAAUAAAAGCAGAUCCCCAAGAUAGUAGUCUUAGGAGUCAUCAAGCAAUGCUUUAUGCUGAAAGUCAAAAUUAUCAAAAAGCUGCUGAGGCAUAUGAACAAGUAUAUCAACUUUGUCGUGAAAAUGUUGAUGCACUAAAAGCAGCAGCUAAGUACUACCAAAAGUGUGGUCAAGUUGAACGCUCAAUUUGCAUUCUCGAAGACUAUCUGAAGAAUAAACCAGAUGGAGUAAAUGCAAGUGUAGUUGAUCUACUUGGUGCCAUAUUGAUGGAAAUAAAGGCGCAUGACAGAGCACUUCAGUACAUAGAACAAUCUCAAGUGGUUGGAAAAGAAUUGCCCUUAAAUUUGAAAGUUAAAGCUGGAAUCUGCCAUGUUCAUCUUGGAAACUUGGAAAUGGCUCAGGUUUUUUUCAAUGAUUUGAAACCAGAGAAUGCAAGCAAGCAUGUUGAGUCGAUCACCGAGGUCGCAGACUCAUUUAUGGGUCUUGGACAUUAUAAUUCUGCAUUGAAUUAUUUUAAGAUGUUGGAAGGAAAUAGUAAAAAUGAAGAUGGUCUUCUGUAUCUGAAAAUUGCUAGAUGUUAUCAAGCGUUGGGAGAAAGGAAACAAGCAAUUAUCUCUUUUUACAUAGUCCUAGAAACACUACAAGAUGAUGUUGAAGCGCGCAUAACUUUGGCUUCCCUUCUAGUUGAGGAGGGGAAAGAAAAUGAAGCCAUUUCCUUGCUGUCUCCUCCAAAGGAUUCCGGUACUGACUCUGGUGAAGCACAUUCUGAAAAGCCAAAUAGAUGGUGGAUUGAUGUGAGAAUAAAACUUAAGCUCUGUAACAUAUUUCAGAUUAGAGGGAUGCUUACUGAUUUUGUGGAUGUAUGUUUCCCUUUAGUACGUGAAUCUUUGAAUGUUGCAACUCCUAAACGAAAGGGAAAACUGUUGCUACCUGGCAAAUCAAAGAAGAAGCGUCUCUCCACAAGUGAUCUUCUUAAAAGGGUAGAAAAACUUGCUGCUCCGGAAACAGAUAGUGUAUUUCGAGGAUUCAAGGCAGUAGCCACAUCAUCUGAUCGGUUGAAGGCUUCCAGAGCAAAAAAGGCUCUUGAGGAAAAGGCAAUUGAGAAGGAGAAAAGGAAAGCUGAGGCAGCGGCCUCUGGAAUUGACUGGCGAAGUGAUGACUCGGAUGAUGAGCUUCAGAAACCAAACACAGAAUCUCCCUUGUGUAAUCUUCACAAAGAUGAAGGAUAUCACCAGCUACUCAUUGAUUUGUGCAAUGCAUUAGCAUCCUUGCAAAUGUAUAGGGAAGCAUUAGAGAUUAUCAAUCUCUCUCUGAAAUUGGCUCAUAUUUCUCUGUCUGCUGAGAAGAAUGAGAAGCUUCGAUCUCUUGGAGUUCAAAUGGCAUACAGCACCCCAGAUCCUAAACAAGGUUUUGAUUGUGUAAAAGGCAUUGUUAAACAACAUGCACAGAGUGUUGCAGCUUGGAAUUGCUACUACAAGGUCAUCUCGAGAUUGGAAAACCGAGAUACAAGACAUGACAAAUUUUUACGUGAUAUGCAAGAAAAAUAUGUGGAUUCUGUGCCUCCUAUCCUCAUUUCUGCGCAUCAGUUUACUUUAUGUAGCCAUCAUCAAGACGCGGCAAGGAAAUACCUUGAAGCUUAUAAACUUUUGCCCAAGAAUCCAUUGGUUAAUCUUUGUGUUGGAACGGCCUUGAUCAACUUGGCGCUGGGUUUCAGACUUCAAAAUAAGCAUCAGUGUGUUGUACAAGGUUUAGCAUUCCUCUACAAUAAUUUGGAGAUCUGUAAGAACAGCCAGGAAUCUACUGAACUAAUUGAUUGCCCAGCCUUGCAGGAAUCUUUAUAUAACAUAGCUCGCGCAUACCAUCAUGUUGGUCUUGUAACACUGGCAGCAAUAUAUUAUGAGAAGGUGAUUGCUAUUAAGGAGAGAGACUAUCCAAUUCCAAAAUUUGAAAAUGAGAAUAUUGACGUCAAUGAAAAUCACAAACCUGGUUACUGUGACCUUCGCAGAGAGGCAGCUUACAAUCUACAUUUAAUUUACAAAAAGAGUGGUGCUCUCGAUCUUGCUAGACAAGUUUUGAAAGAUUAUUGUUCCGUUUGAGGUUACAUGAUCCUUACAAACUGCAAAUUAUCUUCAGGGUUUUAUUGGGAUUUCUAUUAUAUUAUAUUAUACAUACAAAAUUAGAAACAUGAUAUGUAAUAUAUUUAUUUAGUUAGUAUAUGGUUGGUGGUGUUAAUUUAUCAUUAUUGCGUCAGAGUAAGCACCCAGCAGCAAUGAUUGAAAGACAUGCUGAAGUGUUUGGUGUUAUAUUUUUCAUGAUCUUUGCUCUAUAUUUUGACGUCAGUUUUUUUUAUAUGCCUUCCUCUAAAGUGAAGGAAUGCAAUUUAGAGAUUAUUAGUUUUGAUUUUGUAAUAGUAUUGUUGCUAUUAAGUUUUCAGUUUAGUA